ACUAUUUUCCGGUCCAGGGACAGCAGCCGUAGCCGGUCGUCCUCGCGGGGAUAAACUCAAGAUACCCUCUCGAAGGAUAUAAAAGCUGGACAUGAAGUUCUCAAUCUCUGUUCUCCUCGGCCUCGCCUCUCUUGCGGUGGUGCUCGCGGCUCCAGUCACCGAGCCCCGCGCCGCCUGCGCAGACGUGAUCGUCUUCUUCGCGCGCGGGACGACUGAAGCUGCGCCGAUCGGUAGCCUCGUCGGCCCCCAGUUGGAGUCCGCACUGCAGGGCCUGUUGGGGAGCAAGACACUUGCGUUCAACGGCGUCACCUACGCUGCGAGCGUCGCCGGAUUUCUGGAGGGCGGGGAUCCCCAGGGCUCGCAGAACAUGGCGAACGAUGCAAUUGACCAACGCGGCGAACUCGUGCCCGAACGUACGUUCGCGGCACUCGUCACGUCUGGGUACAGCCAAGGCGGCCAGCUGGUGCACAACUCGGCCAAACUAUUGUCGGCCAAGGUGCAGGCCCGCAUCAAUGCCGCAGUCAUCUUCGGCGACCCCGACGACGGCUCGCCAGUGGUUGGCGUCAGCGCGUCCAAGACACUCGUCAUCUGCCACACCGGCGACGACAUCUGUCUGCACGGGGACCUUGUCUUGCCGCCCCAUCUGACCUACGGGAUGGACACGCCCACCGCGGCUGCGUUUAUCGUCAGCAAGGUUUGAACAUCGGCACGUGAUCUGGGUUCAACCUCCACCUCACGUGUUUUCGAUUUGGCCUUUGGGAGGCGAAGUGUUGUUUUUGGUGAAUAGGAGUAGGAAUGUGAUAUACAAGGAUCGAACUUGUGAAAU